GCGAGAAAAUAAGACACCACCAACCAACAGGACACGAGCUACGUCAGACUCCAGAGCUGAUAGAUACACACAAUAUCAAUAUUCGCAAGCCAUGUCAUCGAUCGUCAAAGCCGUCCUCGCCUGGAUCAAAUCCUUGUUCUUCUCGACUGAAUUAGAAAUAACGAUCAUCGGACUUCAAAACUCUGGAAAGACUAGUUUAGUGAACGUAAUAAUGUCCGGCCAAUUUUCAGAUGCCAUGGUUCCAACAGUAGGUUUUAAUAUGCGCAAAUAUACAAAGGGCUCGGUUACAAUCAAGUUAUGGGAUAUUGGAGGGCAACCGAGAUUUCGAUCAAUGUGGGAGCGGUAUUGUCGCGGUGUGACGGCCAUCGUGUUUGUAGUUGACUCGUCGGAUCUCAAGGCGAUCGAAUCCUCUAAGAUCGAACUCCAAAGUCUUAUCACCAAACCGGAGCUGAACGGGAUACCAUUAUUAGUGCUGGGGAAUAAAAACGAUCUAGAGCAGUCGUUGAAGGUUGCUGAUUUAAUUGAAAAACUCGAACUAUCAAAAGUAACAGGUAGAGAAGUCAGCAUCUAUUCAAUUUCGGUUAAAGAAUCCACCAACAUCGAUGUCACGUUGAGCUGGUUAAUGAAGCGUGCAAACUAAUCCAUGGGCAAUAACUGAGGUGAAACGGUCUAUGGCCCGUGACAAAAGAAAUCACCAAACAUCUGCACUUUUGUGUCAUGAGGUGCUUAGCUUCUUUACUCCAGGUUUCUAUGCUCGGUCUCCUCCCGUCCGUCCCCUCUCGUCCUGUCGUUUUUUCUCUUUACAUCCAUGAAGAGUUUUUUUUUGUCAUCUUUUUGUUGUAUUUGGAUAUUCAUCGAUCGCAUAACAGCCGUCUCUUUUUCUCUCUAGAUACAUGUGGUCUCCGUGUCAAUAUUUGCCAAUGUUUUUGUCUGCAUACUUUCCCACUAAUUGCGAAUGUUGACGAUUCACACGAGUUUGUAUUCUAGCAGGUGCUGACAGUAUCACUAUCCUUUGUACUAUCAUACCACGGAAAACGAUAAAUUCAAUCGAAAUUAUCAUGACCAAUUGAAUUAAAGAAAGAG